CCUACACCUCCCUGGGGCAGACAGAGGGUUCCACCACAGUCACACGACCCUCCACAUCGAGGGACGAAGAACCUACCCACACAGGAAGUCUAGAAGAGUGUGGUAUAUUUUCCCUGCGGACAGAGGGAGAAGCAUCAAGGUGCACGAAGGUUGGACGGAGGACAGUCGCAGCCCGGAAGCUGACUGAUACACAUGAACAGCGAGAUCUGCCAUCCAGGGUGACCAACAGCACCACACCCAGGGUCAGGAGCUACGCAGAUUCUCUACGUUAUUUUCUCGUGGCUGGAGUGAAGAGGGCAUCCCUAGUUAAGAUAGUUGAAAAUCAGACACAAGAUGAGCAGUGAAGAGAAUCGCCAGAGGAAGAAGGACCUGCCUCAGAGUGUGGCUAAGGAGCAUGAGCAGCAACAAAAGACACAAACUACAACCAACAGUGUCAGGGUCUCCGUCGGUACUGAGGACCUACUUUCCGAUGAUGGCUCUACCUCUGAUGUGGAUUCACAGGCCACGCAGCCCGCUGCCACCCUCGUGAGUCCCGACGCUGAUUCAACAACCAGCAAGAGCCUACGAACGUGUAGAGUGUGUGGAGACAGAGCCAAGAGUAUGCAUUUCGGAGGUCUCUCGUGUGACUCAUGUAAGGCGUUCUUCCGUCGUGCAGUUCACAACGACGCGUUUGUUAAUUUCACGUGCCCGUACGAUGGUCACUGCGUCAUCAACAUCGCCUCCCGGAAAUGUUGCCAGUACUGCAGGUACAGGAAGUGUACGUCUAUUGGGAUGGAGAGGUCCUGGGUAAUGUCGGAGGAGGACCGUGCCCAGAUGAUGAAGCACAGAGCAGAGAAGAGGGCCAAGACGGAGCCAGAGGACGCCGCUGGCAGGAGAGUUCUGAAGGACGGCAAAAGGGAGCUUGUGGCCUUCGAGCCAAGCCCAAGCACCAUGCUAGAACACAUGACAACACUGGAGCGGGACGAGGUAGAGAGGGCGGUGCUGAACUACAGGCGAGCCUAUAACGAGGUACCUUACAGACACAACCUUAAGCAGUGUACCGUGGGGCGGCCCAGUGUCCAGAUUAUCAACAUGUUCACCACCAUUGUCAGGCGCUUCGCUUAUUUCGCAAGGCUCUUCCCGGAGUUCUGCGACCUCCCGCCCCAGGACCAGGGGAACCUCCUUCGCAAUGGAAUCCUGGAGAUGUCGCUGAUCCGCGGAGUGCAGACCUUUGACACAGAGAACAACCGCUGGCCCAACACCAACCACCAGUUGUACAAGGAUGCCCCCACCCUCAGGGUCGAGGAUAUGAAGAAGUUGGUGUCUUGUGAGCUGUACGAGAUGCACAUGAAGUUCAUUCACAGCCUGAAGGAGCUGAACGUGGACGAGCCUGUCAUGAUGUUGUUGCUGCUUAUCGUUCUCUUCACCAGCGACCGACCUCACCUGCUAGCUGGUCCUACCGUCCAGAUGCGCCAGGACCAUUACAUCCAUCUUCUCAGAAAGUACCUGGGUUGGCGCUAUGGCCCUCACAACGCCCCUAUCCUCUACCCUCGCCUUUUGAUGAAACUGACAGACCUCCGGGAGCUGAAUGACCAGCACACUGAGUACAAUCUCAAGUUGGCCAAGCAAGAGAUCGCAGAGAUCCAGACUCAGUUAGGUCGACUAAACCUGAACCCUUACACUGAGUGGCCUAGCAUCGUGCAGCAACAGAGUUUGUCCACCAUGCCAUCUGUGGCGCCUCAGGAAGACCCAGGUCCUUCCUCACGUCCCGUAGAUAUUGUUCCACCACCGGUAGCGCCUAUGCAAGUGAUGGUCACCCCAAAAACACCCUCCAGUGGUGAGCGCCAGGCUGGGCUUAUAGGGACGUCAUCAGGUGUGGCACCCGAGGGGAACUCACGCGCUCCCGACUCCUCGGGAAUGGGCGACCUCUUGGCGUCUCUUGAUUUCGAGCAGUUAGCAAAUAAUCCGAGCUUCCAGCGGAUGAUUAUGCAACAGUUGCAGAAGUCCAUCGUGAGUGUUCUCAGCUCUCCUAAUUUUGGUCUGGGUAAUCUUUUCCCUGACGGUCGCACCAUGAAACAUCAGCAACCCAUGGCAAAUAAUUUGCAGCAAAAUUCACCAUCGAUAACGCAGCAGACAUCGCAUCUUCAGACACCACCACCACAAAUUUUCCUGCAGCAACAACAACAACAACAACAACAACAACAACAACAACAACAGCAGCAGCAGCAGCAGCAGCAGAAGCUCUCACCGCAGCCACAAGCUCUAUCAGAGCAGAUGCCAGCACCUCCUCAAGAUCCCGCCUCAGACCUCAUGACGCAACUCGACUACAUUAAUUCCAGUCAACCAUGCAACCUUCAGAACGUCCACCAGUCUCAGCAGGCAUUCCAGCAAUUAGAAAAUCAACUUAUGAAUAACAUCAGCGGCUGUGGCAACUUUGGAGAGCAACAUCAACAGCAACAACUACAACAACAGUAUCAAUGCUACCUGCAACAACAGCAAUAUCUUCACCAGCAAGCGCUAUUCUUUCAACACCAGCAUCAAAUUCAACAGCAAUCACAACAGGAGCAACAACACAUGAAUCAGCAACAGGGUAUGUCAAGACCGGGUUUUAUUAUUCCUAAACAGGAGCCAACGACACCACCUACAUACACUGCACAUCAGGGACCGGAGCAUCCUUUGCUGUUCGACGAGCCACAGUGUCGCCUGUCCCAACAACACUCUCCUCCACACCAGUCUUCCCCAUCCCCAACAUUAUCACGACAGCAACAACAACAAAUCGACUCAAAAGAUGAUGGUUCGCAUCCAAAGAGAAAUUCACUGUCUGACGUCAAUGGUCUUACUCAUUUUAGGGACUUGUUAGAAGAGUUCGCAACACUGAAUAAUCCAGACCACUUUCGACAAGUCAAGCAGUUACUGGGUUCCGAUCUUGUCUCAUCUUUACAGCAAAAACUUGUUGGAUCAGAAUCUUUAGUGCAUUCACAGCACCAACCACUUCCAUCACCGCCACAGCCUCUAUCACCGCCGUCACCACAGCCUCUACCACCAUCACCACCACAACCUCUACUAUCAUCACCGCCACAGUGCCAACAAUUCCCGUCACAGGCUCAUGUUUACUCGCCGACAGCGUCCUACCAGUACUUCACAGACAGAGAAUACACCGAAGCAGUGACAGGAAGCGGAAUCAACACCUCCACCAAUUCUCCUGACACACAAUACGGCACAGCAGACUCGUCCUCCUUCUGCAAAAUUCAACAUCGGGUGGUGCCACCGACUUUGCGACAGAGCACCACCGAUAUGCCUUCGUCAGCAGCUUUCCCCGUCACCAACAGCACCACCAUGGUCUACCAGUAUCAUCCUGAUCUCCUUCAUAAUGCUUCCACAUCCACCUAAUGCACCAAAUAACUCAAAUUUCGAUGCAUUUAUCCUUCUUGUUUGGCAAAUAUAUGAUGUGAACAAACAUAUAUGUUUGUUAAAGGAGAGGUUUCAUCUUAUCAAAUGCUUAUAUAAACUAAACAACUGAUAUAUUGUGGAUU